CCUGAUUCGAAAAUGAAGACUCUUGAUAUACGAUCAGUGGUAUUGAUGGGCCUUAUUGUCUACAUCCAGGCCGACUCUAUCAUUUUGAGGAACGACUGCAUGUUCGAAAACGGGGAAUGUGACAUUAUUUUGGAAACAUUAACAGGAAGUCCUGAAAGAGACUGCAGUAUACUUUCAACAAAUCAAAGGACGUGCUCACGUAACGACACUAUCAAGCACAGGAGGAUGGGCCCAGCAAAGAUCACAAUCUACGACAAAAACGGUGCAGUCAUAUUGAAAUGGGAUAAAAAUGAAGAGGACUCGGAACCACAAAGAAAGACUGGCUACGUAAGUCACGUGGUUCCCAAGUCUGAAUGGAAUCGACCGCCAAUAUUUUGGAGAAGGAGAAAGCGUCAAAGAGGGACAGCGAAUAAGGACAUGGAAAUUCGUGAGCCAUUUGAAACAUCGUCUUUUAUUGUUAUUUGUUUCACACCAUUGUAUUGUCAUGAACAUUGA